AUGCUACCUGCCUGGCAUGGGGCCUCUCUGACUACCUCUCUCUCUACCUCUCUCCCUGGCCUCUCUCCCUGCCUUACUGCCUGCCUUACUGCCUGCCUUACUGCUGCCUCGCUGCCUGCCUUGCUGCCUGCCUCGCUGCCUGCCUCGCUGCCUGCUCGCUGCCUGCCUCACAUGGGCCUCUGGGGCUGCCUCACCCGGCACUGGGCUGCUACCAACCCUGGCUGGAUCCACCUCCAGCUCUGCCUAAUUGGGAUCAUACCCAUCACAUAUCUGCUCCCUGGGAUCCGCAUCGCUGGUAAUACUGCUGCUGAUACCCAUCCACCAACUCCAUCCAAAUACUGA